UACUCAAGUAAUUAAUUGAAACAUCAUGUCUGAGAAGCAGUUGCCUUUACAAGGAUAUUGAAGCUUAACUGACUGCUGUACGUAAUCAUCUCAACUGCCGACUUGGCGUGGUACUACGAGCAGACUCAAUUAUGUCAUCCAUUUAAGCAUCCGUUCAUGUCAAAACAUCAGGCAUCUCAAUUCACUCAUUUCACUUCACUUCCUUCAAUUGACAGUUGAAAACAAAGUAAAAUGUCAAACAGUCUACAAUACAUCUUCGGUGGCCCCAAGGCAUGGGACAGUGGUCUCUGGACCGCCUCAGAUGAUCGCGUCCGUGGCGGCUCUAGCAUCUCACACCUCUACACUAACCCCGCGCAGGCCAAGUUCUACGGCCAUCUUGACACCAAGACUCUCGGAGGCGCUGGUUUUGCUUCGCAGCGCACAAUCGGCGACCUGGCCCUCGAUCUCUCCUGCACAGAGGGUAUAAAGCUCUCCCUUGGCUGGGACAGCUCGGACCAGACUUUCACGCUCAACGUCAAGGACACCAUCCCUGGAAAGAGGGAGGAUGGAAGAGAUGAGGCUGGUGUGAGCUGGGAGGUGGACUUUAAGGCGCCCGAGAAUGGGGGAGAGAUUUUCAUGAAGUGGGAUGAGUUCAAGGCGACGUAUCGUGGCAGGGAAGUUGAGGAUCCUGAGCCGUUGAAGCUGAAUGAUAUCAAGAGGAUAUCUCUCAUGGCACGAAGCUUCUUUGAUAAGCAGGAUGGAGAUUUCAAGUUGUAUGUCAACUGGAUCGCUGCUGUCAAGAAGAAUAACGAUGACAGCGACGAUGACGGUGAUCUUAAGAAGCAUGCUCUUGAGCAGCGAUCUAACCCUCGUCCUGCAUGGAAGGCUCUGUUCUGCGGUCUUUUGUAAUCGUACUUGAUACCUUCAUCUUUAGUCACUCACCAUAAUCGGGUUUUAAAUACACAAAAGCAUUGCAUCAGGAUCAGCGCUCCCUUUAUCCCGAUGCC